AUGGCACUGUCGCCAGACAUAACCUCAGAGCAGUCGCUGGUCCAGCGCGUAGCCGAGCUGCAGGUGAAGAUCCAAUACCUGGACUCGAUGUACCGCUCUCGGCAGGAGGACCUCCAGCAACUGGUGCAAAGGGUCGAGUUGGCAACACCGGCUGGCCCCGCCUCCGCCUCCGAGAACGCCUCCUCCUCAACGCUGACCGCCCCUGCGAUGGUGGGCGGAAUAGAGUUGAAGCCAGAGGUGCGCGCGUUGUUGAAGAACAUGUCGGGGAUGCAUGCCGCGCACGGGGUCAACCCGCCUUAUAUGCUCAGAUAUACAAAAAUGUCAAGUCACGGGAAUGAUGGUCAGACAACGCAAAAGAAGGGCACCUGGGAUCCUGCCAACAUGCAUAAGGCCGUGGAAAAGGUACUGAAUCAUAAAAUAAGUGCUCGUCAAGCCGCAGAACGCUAUCAGGUACCACGAUCUACUUUGAAUGAUAGAGUUAAAGCUAUUAAAAGUAAUAAAGAGAUGUCUAUUGAGCCAGUUAUGGGUCGUUUUCACAAUACUUUUGCACCAGAACAUGAAGAAAUAUUGGCAUCGCAUGUUAAAGACUUGGCCAACAGGCUAAUGCCUUUAAACAGACAAGAAUUUUUACGUCUCGCUUUCCAACUGGCCGAGAAAUUAAAGUUACCUCACCAGUUCAAUAAAGAGAAACAAUCUGCAGGGAAAAAUUACUAUUAUUCGUUUAUGAAAAGACAUAGUGACUUAUCAUUGCGAACUGCUGAAUCAACGAGUUUAAUGAGAGCAGUAGGAUUUAACAGGCCUCAGGUUAUGCGAUUCUUUGAUGGUCUUGAGACUUUGAUGGAGAGAUUUAAAUUCACACCUUAUAAAAUAUGGAACUGUGAUGAGACUGGAGUUAGCAUUGUUCAAAAACAUGCUAAAGGGUUAGCUACUAAAAACCAAAGGCAAGUCGGAAAGCUUACGUCAGCAGAACGUGGAAAGAACGUUACAGUGCUUUUUGCAAUGAGCGCUGGAGGUCAGUUCGUACCACCUUAUUUCAUAUUUCCACGAAACAGAAUGAAUGAAAGACUAAUGAUUAAUGCUCCAAAUGAGAGUGUAGGUGAAGCUCAACCAAACGGCUGGAUGAAUGCCGAAUUAUUUUUGAAAUGGAUGCAACACUUUGUGCAAUAUUCUAAUCCAACAGCCCAGAAUCCCGUACUCUUGAUUCUAGAUGGGCAUGCUAGUCAUAAAGACUUAGAUGUCAUUGAGUUUGCCAGAAAAAAUAAUAUUCAUAUGUUAAGCACCCCACCUCACACGACCCACAAGUUACAGCCACUGGAUCGUACGUUCAUGAAGCCAUUUAAAUCUGCGUACAAUGAUGCAUGUGACUUGUGGAUGAGGGCAAACCCUGCUAUUAGAAUCAGUGAAUACGAGAUUGCAGGGUUUGUUGCUAUUGCUUUUAAUCGAGUUUCGCGAAUGGAUAUCGCGGUUAAUGGCUUCCACUGCACUGGCAUACACCCCUUUGAUAGAAAUAUCUUCAGUGAUUUAGAUUUCAUUGGUUCCGACAUGACGAAUGUUACAGAAAGUCAAUCAGCAACAGAAUCAUCGCUCUCACAUUCUCAACUAACCGAACCGACACCUUCAACAUCUGCUUGUUCAAAUCUGUCAAAUUCUAUUUCUACACAGCAAGAACUUACAUCCAUUUCCUCUCGACAACUUGGAUCUCAAACUCCAACUUCUAAUUUAUUAGCUGACAUUACAACUUCUAUACAAUCCGAGACUCAAACUACUCCUACUCACGCCGAAUCUGAAAUUUUAUCUAUUCAACAAGUAGAAACUCAAACAGAAGUUAUUGCUGAUAAAUCCAGAGAAAAUUUUAAAGCUGCACUUACAGAACUGUCACCGGUUCCUGAUGCUUCCAAAAGAAGAACUACUGUAAGACGUCGUAAAGCUGAAAGAAGUGAAAUUAUAACAAGUUCUCCAUACAAAAGGAUGCUGGAAGAGAAAAGGGCAGAUAAAAGGAAUGUCGAACAACUUAAAAAGAAAGUUAAUGUUUCAGAAAAAGAUGUUAUUAAAAAGGGAAAAAGCUUGCUGUCAGGAAGAGAUGUCAGUAAGAAAACAAAAACAAAUAAAAACGAAAACCUACCUCCUCCUCGUAGAUCGAUUGAAGAAACAGUUUGUCCUUUGUGUGCCGAAUCUCACGAAGAGGAUUGGAUACAAUGUGGAAACUGCAAAAUUUGGGUCCACGAGGCUUGUGCAAACGUAUCAGAGCUAUCUGAUCAGUAUAUUUGCGAUUAUUGUAUUGUAUAA